UUCAACAACGUGAGUCAGUUAGCUACUAUACCGGAAAUGUAUAUACGAGUAGUAUGCAGCAUAGAAAUCCAUCAAAUUCACUCGUUCUCGUUCAUCGUAUACCGGCAAGCCGAACACAUCGUACACGUGUCAUGAUUUGUUUAAACGUAUUUUAGCAAAAAAGAAACAUUAUUAAAAAACGAUAAAUUUGAUGAUGUUAUUCGAGUUAUUUUGUACUCUUAUCUAAUUUAAAAAAAGAAAAAUUAUUCUUAAUAAAAUGGCUUCCAAUACGGUGCCUAAAGAACGUAAUGCGCGUAAUUUAAACUCGCGUUUUAAACAUUACGAAAAACAUCGUAAAAUCGAUAAUGAAAAUCAAGAAAAUUCUUUAAAUAAUAAAGAAAAUAGCUGUCAUAAUCAAGAAGUCUACAAUGAAGAUUUUAAAGUUUUUAAACCAAAAUCUAUACGAAGGAAAGAAAAACAUAUGGAAAAAAUGAAAAAUCGUAACUUCGAUCGUGAUAAAUCUAGCGGUGGUCAUCUUAAUCGUUUAGAACGUAAUUUGAAUGAAAAAAAAAUAAUUAAACAUCAAUGUAAAAAUUUAACUAGUGGAAAAAACGUUGAAAGAUAUCGCGAUAAUGUAAAAAUAGAUGAAGAUAAAGAAAAUCGUGUUGUUGUAGUUAAGAAUAAAGAUGUUGUUGAAUCAGUAAAAUAUAUUCCCGCGCCUUUACCUUCAAAGAAUCCGUGGAAUAAAUACGUGGAACAGUCACACAGACAUACUGAUAGAAUCGUUAAGUCAUCGCAAAAUACUGAAAUACAAACUGAACGAGUACAGAGUAACUUGGAAAGAAGUCAGGGACCGAUUAAAAAACUUAGAUGGCGGCAAUCAGAAGACAACAAAGUACAUACACGGAAUAGAAAUAGUGAACAUCGACCACGAAAAAAUUAUAAUAAUGAACACAACAGAUACGAAAGAAAAUCUAAAAGACAAGAAAACACAGGACACCGUGCCAGAAGACAUAAACCUGAAUCUGGAAUACCAAAAUUUGAAUCCUUCGUGGAAAAUGAACAGAUAAAAGAAAAUCAUCCUGUUCCUGUUCCAUCAUACAAAGUACCUUUCAUUGGAGGAUUCUAUAUAAAUAAUUUGAAUGGUGUUAAUUUAGAUUCAACAACACGAAAAGAAUAUAUAAAAAAACAGAUUGAAUAUUAUUUUAGUGAAGAAAACCUACAACGUGAUCUCUUUAUGCGUCGGAAAAUGAACUCUGAAGGAUACCUUCCUAUUGCUCUGAUAGCUACGUUUAAACGUGUCCAGUCACUAACGACAGAUUUAUCAUUGAUUAUCGAUUCAAUAAUCGAUUCUAAACUACUGGAAAUCAAUCCAUUCAAUCAGGUAAGAACGGCAGCCGAUCCUUUGAAAUGGCCAAUUCCAUUUGAUCCAAAAAAUCCUAUAUCUGAUAAUUCUUUAAUUCAAAAAGUUUCUCUAUUGCAAUUAUACACACAUACACCACAAGAAGAGUUUUGUCCUGCUGCUAAACCACUUUCAACUCUACCAACUCCUCCACUAGUUAAAACUUAUGAUAGGAUACGAUAAAAAAAUUAUAUUUUUAUUAAAUAAUGACGAUGGUUGAUUCAAAACAA